CCCGCAUGCAACACGCAAAGUAACAGUAUAACAGUACGAUAUCUAGCAGUGUAGUGCCCGAUCCCUGCAGUACCGUGGCGCAGAGAACCAUCCACACCCAUCACACUCCCCACAUCACAGACGCGACACACAAACCCCAAGCACGCUCACGAACAAGUCAUCAAUCAUUGCAAUAUACUCUGUACAUACACUCCCCCUCGAUCCAACAAUGCGCCUCGGCGCGCGCGGAUCAAGGCGCCCGCCCAGUCCGCCCACCCCCUUCCCAAGAGAGACUGGGCAGCGACUCGACUCAGUCGCGGGCGGGCGUGCGAGGCGCUGCUUUCCUCUUUUUUCUUUUCUCUUUUCUCUUUUCUCUUUUUUCUUUUCUCUUUUCUCUCUUUUCUUUUCUCUCUUCUCUCUUCUCUCUUCUCUCUUCUCUUUUCUCUCUUCUCUUUUCUCUUUUCUGGUCCGAUGUGGGCCGCAAGCGCUGCCGUGGGGCGUCGCCGUGCUGGACGACUUUUGGAGUGCUUUUUGAGACGGCCGGGGGAAGACUCGACGCGCAUCUUGGAUCUCUGCCGACGGGACAUCAACGCCGUGAUUCC